CUUCAAGCAGCCGGCAUACUUCCUCAAGCUCAGAAGGAGCCAAAUGGUUCGAACACCACUCCGGCUGCUGCUGUACAGGGGUCAGUAGCGGCCGUAAUCCAGGACAUUACCGGUGAGAGACCUCCUCCUACGAACCCUUCGACCAUAUGUACCAGCCCGCUAUCAAUAAAUAGCAUAGCUCAGUCUAAUGACCGGCCCCAGCUGAUUCAUCAACAAAUCGCUGUACCUCUCGCCUCCAGGGUGUCUGAUAAAAUUCAAUCAAAAAUUUGGGCAAACGAGUAUAUUGAUUUAGCAACCCUAUUGCAAAUAGCAUCCCCAAACCAGUCACAGUACAAUUUUGUUGUUCAAACGCAACACUCUUCAGAUCGGCCGGUCAUUAGCCUCGAGCCAGCACAGAAACCUAAGAGAAUUGCCACUAUAGACCAAUGGAUAUCGGCCUUUCAA